AUGCGAUUUAGUCGGGAUUUCCAUCAUUACACGGUCCCAGAAUGGACAUCGCUUUAUGUCCCCUACGACUCGGUGAAGAGCGCAUUCAACUUGGCGGUAGGGAAGUCAAUUGAUGCAAACGUUGAACCAGACUUUUCAGAAGUGUACGCGCUCCUGGACGAUAGCAUUCAGUCCAUUGGCAAAUUCCACCAUGAGAACUGCAACUUUCUCAUGGCAAGACAAGCAAGGCUUGAGAUUAAGUAUGAGAAGUUGCUCCAAACUCUUUUCUGCUUGAGAGAUGAGGAGGAUAAUUUUCAUGAAGUAAAGAGGUUCCUGGAAGUCGUCACAAAUCUACAUGAUGAUUUUGAGAAGCUCCAGAAUUACUCGCGGUUGAAUCAAGAAGCCAUCCAAAGGCUUUUCGCCAAAAUCGAGAAGUUGAGUGGUUGCAAGGGUCUGUUUCAUCACGAGCAGAAAUCUAAGUGGACAAAAUUACAAAUUGGCCUUCGUACACAAUGCGCAAACUUCAUAAGCCGAUCGGAGGGUCUGAUGACUAGUGUCGUCAAGGCCUCCUCCGAUGGGUACGGUCCCUCCACAAUGAGUACGUUGCUCAGUAAUGUCAGAUCAGAUGACCUGCCACCCCUCGCCGCCCAAUAUUCAGCUCUAUAUCGCGCGAUCAGAAGUGACGAGCCUUCAACUUUGGCCGAUCCACUCAACCUCUUUCUACACGAUCCUCCACUGGAGCAAUAUCCCAGGGACUUCCUUUAUGAACUGGCGGAGCUUGCAGCAACCUCCCACUCUCAAAUUUGCUUCCAAUAUCUGCUAUCACACAAGUUCAGCAGGUAUGGUGUUGUGCUAGAUCACGACUUGCUGAACCAUGUCAUUAUCAUGGAAGGGCAACUCAGCCCUCCACAGCCAUGCGAUGACUUGAAAGACAACGUUCAAUCCGGCGAGAAGAGACAUGGUAGCUUGUUCGCUUCUUCGAUUGAAUUUCUUGCUUCUCGUAAGAAAGAUAUUUUGUCUACGAAAGACACCUUUGGCCGUCUUAGCCUUCAUUAUGGGGCACUACACGGCGUGGCUUUUAUAUGUCAAUCAAUCGUGGAUUACGCUCAUGUUUGGGGACCUGGUUUCUCGUCAAGACUCAUUCUAACGCCGGACUGUCAGAGACUUACACCAUUUCACUACGCAGUUAUCAACAACCAUGUGGGUGUUGCGAAAGUGUUUCUAAAAACUUUGAUGUCUGAGAUUGAAUCCAGACAAGAUGUUCAAACUGAAUCUCUGGUGAAAAAUCAUCUGAAUGAUAUGUUGAAGCUCGCUAUCAGAUAUAAGCAUGACGGAAUUGUGUUCCUCCUCGCCAGAUGCUACUUUGACUUCCAGGAAUGCUCGUUGUAUGGAGAGUCCGCCAUCUAUGUCGCCGCUCAGGUUGGGCGUAGCGACUAUGUCAAUGUGCUGCUAGAAAACUGCAACAACGUCUACAUAGAUACUGCCGACAAACUGCAUGGCUGGACUCCAUUGUUUAUUGCCUGCGUGGAAGGUCACCAGACCAUUGUCGAGCUUCUUCUGCAAGCAGGAGCCAGCCAGGACUUGUACGAUAAUAACGGUUGGACUGCUAAGGAACAUGCUGCUUUGAGGGGCCAUCUCCAUCUGGCCGAGACAUUAAAGGCAUGGGACAAUGGUCGCCUUACUGGUGGACCUGCUAGCAUGCCGCUCAAGCCCAAGUCUUCAGCUGGUUCAUGUCUUUCAUUGGGUAAAAAUCAUGUUAUUGUCAAUCUUGGUGUUUUGCGUAACGGCAAGAAUGUCAAAGCCGUAAACUUCCAAGGCUCCUCGCCAGAAAAUUCACUCAACGGGAAACAUCUCGCUCAGAUGCACAUGUCAAUCUCAGUGGAAGGUACCCCGCAGCAUGUGAAACUUCCAAUAUUAGGCGAUAUGGUCAACGAACCGUUCGUCUUCCCUGUUACUAAACCAAGUGAAGCCCGCCUAGCCUUCAGGCUUUACCCUACAGACUCAUCCUCUGAAGCGCAUGACCUAAUAGGCAGUGCUGUUUAUUUACUAGAGAGUGACAAAGACUGCUUUGGAGCAAACCGUGAAAGUAUCGUCAGAGAGCGUACUGUUCCAGUUCUGGAAAAUGGCACAAUGGAGGUUAUGGGAACUAUCACUUUCACUUUCGUCAUUGCUAAGCCAUUCAUGGGUUCGAAUUUCCCCCUAUUGGCGAAACAGAAACUCUCGGUAGAAGGCCUACAACUUGUCGGUCAUAGAGGACUUGGUCAAAACACUGCCAAUCACAGCCAGCUUCAGCUAGGAGAGAAUACUAUAGAGUCAUUUCUUUCUGCUGCGAGGCUGGGCGCUUCAUAUGUUGAGUUCGAUGUCCAACUUACUAGAGACCUUUUGCCUAUCAUUUAUCAUGACUUCUCGUUGAGCGAGUCCGGAACCGACAUUCCUAUUCAUGAUCUAAGCUUCGAACAGUUUAUGUACGCGAGCGAACUUCAGUCACCGAGAGGCGAACCAGUCUCUGUGCUCGGAACGCCAAACUCACAGGGCCUGCUAGAUGGGCCGGGCAGGAAUAGAGUCCGUUCACGUUCCUUGACAAAGGACCAAGAGCAAGCGACUGUGCAAAUUCGUGACAGAAUGAAGCACACCGUGGACUUCAAGAACAAAGGGUUCAAGCCGAAUACAAGGGGCCAUUGUGUGCAGGAUUCUUUUACCACGCUAGAGGAGCUACUUACGAAACUGCCAGAUUCAAUCAGCUUCAAUAUUGAGAUAAAGUAUCCCAGGCUUCAUGAAGCUGUUGAGGCGGGUGUAGGACCACUUGCUAUCGAGAUCAACACAUUCAUUGAUCGGAUCCUCGCCCAGAUUUUCCGUGUUAGCGGUGGAAGGUCCAUUAUACUGUCCUCUUUUUCACCCGAGAUUUGUAUUCUUCUGGGGACGAAGCAAGAUAUAUAUCCUGUUUUGUUUAUCACCAACGCCGGCAAGCUACCAAUGUCAGACAUGGAAAUGAGGGCUAGUAGUCUACAGGCCGCAGUCCGUUUCUCGAAGCGAUGGAACUUGGCCGGCAUUGUCUUCGCUUCCGAGACAUUGAUUCUGUGCCCGAGACUUGUGGGAUAUGUGAAAAGAUCAGGUCUGGUCUGCGGGUCUUACGGCUCUUUAAACAACAUCCCCGAAAACGCUAAAAUACAACAAACAGCCGGUCUUCAGAUUCUCAUGGCCGACAAUGUUCGACUGAUUGCAUCGACCUUGGGCGUGUCUUCCACAUACCCGACAAUGACAUGA